GUGACUAACUUUUUUUUAUCUGCAUUGAGCAUAGCCAUAGAUAACACUUUUGCAAAGAAGCUAUCAAAAAUGUUGGAGAUUAUAACUGUGAUUUUUAUUUUGGUACUGUGUAUAUAUCACUACCGGAAGGAAUUAAAAAGCGAUUUUCCUGGCCCACCAGGCAUACCCUUCGUUGGCGUCGCAUUUCAGGUCGACUUGAAUCGGCUUCAUUUGAAGCUGUAUGAAUGGACAUCGAUUUACGGAGAGGCUUUUCAGUUUUCAGCAUUUGGCAAAUCGUACAUUUCACUCAACUCAGCCGAUGCCAUACGAAAUGUCUUAGGAUGCGAACCAAAUGCAACAACCGUGGCAUCCCGAGAACCGUCGUUUUUCGGGGAGUAUUGCCUUGAGAAUUAUUCCGACAUUGUAUUUUCACCUUACAGCAAAGAGUGGUCCAGUAGACGUAAGGUUGGCCACCAACUUUUACAUACAUAUGGAGAUGGGGUGCACUUGCUGGAGGACGAAAUUCUACAGAAACUUAAAGAUGUCAAACAAUAUAUCAAAGAUAAUAAUGAGAAGAACAUCGACCCACACGAUAUGGUGGAAGAGUUCUUAUGUAAAAACUUGGCCUCACUGAUUGCUGGAACUACCGAUCAACAACUGCAACAACUGAUGAAAGAUAUGGAUCACAUUUCCAACGACAUUGCAGGACCCUUAGUUGAUAACAUGUUUAAGACAUUUCCUUUCCUGAGGUUUCUACCCUUUUCUAUCACCAAGAAACCUUUCCUUGUAAAAUCCAUGACAGAAGAUAUAAUUAAGAGAAUAAAGAAAAUAACGGAAGAGCAAAACCUUGAAAAGGGUAUGUACCACGAAUUGAAAAAUGCAGUGGAGGCACAUGCUCAACACCUUACAGACAAUGAAAUAAAGUGCAUUAUCGCUAAUAUUGUUGGAGCAGGUUUUCUAACAACCAGAGGCACCUUACUGUCGCUUAUUCACCUUUUGGUGGAUUAUCCGGAGAUCCAGAAUAAAAUACAAAAUGAAAUUGAUGACAUAAUUGGCGAAAGAGAGGCGCACAUCAACGACCGAUCUUCAUGUCCCUUCACAGAGGCAGUGAUCCUAGAAACACUACGUUACAUAUCCCACGCCCCUUUGGCUAUCCCUCAUUACACACUUGAGGACUGUACCAUCAGGGGCCAUUUGGUUCCAAAAGGAACACGAAUACUUACAAAUUUGUGGACUGUUCAUCAUAGCGAUGAAUGGGAUGAUCCAUUCGUCUUCAGACCUGCGCGGUUCCUUGACGAUUCUGGAUUACUUUUACCAGCAACACACCCAACUAGAAAAAGGCUGUUGGUUUUUGGGUUUGGCAAACGGUCAUGCGUGGGGGAAGUGUUCGCCAAAAACCGCACAUUCCUGUUCCUAGCAACACUGAUGCAGACUUGUACUGUGACAAAGUCGUCUGGUCAAUCUACAAGUAACCUUGACCCCCGAACAAUGAUGCCUGGCAUCGUACUCCAGCCUCAGCAUUACCAAGUACAAUUCAAAGCACGAGAAAUUUCAUGCAAUCAAUGAGCGUGCCCGGGCACAUGUAAAAAGCAUCGAUGUAGACAAUGAGAAAUUUUUGAACGUCAAUAAAUGAAUGUUGAAUACAUGGUACAUGUAUGUCUAAUUAGGGCCAAGUAAAUGACAUUUUUCCAUAAACAUAUAACAAUGAAAUUUAAUCAGAAAGCGUCGCUUCGAGUAUAUGGCAUCUCAAACGUUGCAAUAUUCGAUCUUUUCCAUUUGUAUUGUAUAAUUUUCCAUUUGU